AUGAAAAAACAAGCUAACAGAAGUAGAAAUUUCAAUUUAGCAUACAUUAUGGAGACAAUUGAUAAAACAAACACAUCAGAUCAACCUGAAUUGGAUGCUCCUACGGAGCCAUCAAUGAAUGCUUCAAUUGAACCGCAGGUGAAAGAGGAGACCCUUGAUAAUGAAGCACAGGCUCCAAUCCCAAUGUCUAUCACACCUCAUCAAUAUUCGACCAGAUCAAAAGAUAAGAAGGACAACGAUAACACUUUGAAAUCACAGUUGAAACAGAAACAACACAAUGUGAUAGUCCAACCUCGUUUAAAACCCGUUCCAUUUAAGAAAUUGGAUUUAACUAAGAACGAUGGGAAGGAACCUAUUAAGCAGUUAAUAAAGAAAAUGAAUAAUAAAGAUAGCUUUUAUCAAUCUGAUGACCAUCCAUUUAACAAAAGAGGCUUUAAAUAUAAACCUUGUAAACCCAAUCCUCUGUUUCCAUCGAACUUGUACUCUACAACUGACUUACCUCCGUUCAUCGUCCGUCCAAGUUAUUUUGAUAGAUCGCAGGGUAUAAUAUUCAAUAAUGAUAUGAGUUCUGUAUCAACUUUGCAAGGGUGGAGAUCAGUGAGAAGUAAUAUUGGUGUCAGGGAAGGAAAACAUUAUGUUGAAUUUAACAUUAUAAAUGCAAAUACUACUGGCGAUAAGAGCCACGUACGAAUUGGGUUCGCUCGCAAAGAAGCAAGUUUAGAAGCCCCAGUAGGGUUUGACGGUUAUGGCUAUGGAUUAAGGGAUUUAAAUGGACAGAAAAUUACAUUAAGUAGGCCAAUGGAUUUCAUGAAAAAUUGCAAAGAGAUAGACACUGCCGGAUUUAAAAGCGGUGAUGUAAUUGGUAUGCUUAUUGAGUUACCACCUUUAAAAGAACAAAAACAGGCAAUUGAAAGCUUUAUUAACCAGAAACUCAGAGAAAAAAAUACCCAAUCUAAUGACAAUCAUCCUAGUAAGAAAAAGCGUAAGACAAAGAAAAAUAGUGAAAUCGAUAAUGACGAUGAAAAAUAUACCAAAUAUGAUAAUAUUUCAAGAGAUCAAAUCCCAAUCAAGUAUAAAAAUGCAUUAUAUUAUGAACAAUAUGAAUAUACUACUACAAAGAAAAUGGAUCAUUUGUUAAACCCUGUAACGGUUUUUGGAGAGAAGGCUAUUUUGGAAAAUGCAGUUAACUCAGGGGAAGCUACGAAUUUACAAAACAUACCAAAUUCUAAGAUUUCCGUAUUUAAAAAUGGUAUUGAAAUUGGGGUAAUGUUUGAAAACUUGUACUCGUUCUUACCUACGUAUCUUGAAGAUAGCGAAUUAAAUGUCUCAUACAAUACAAGGCAACUGCAAAACUCUAGUUACAAAAAUACAGAUGACGGUUCAUUAGGAUAUUAUCCAAUGCUUUCCGUGUUUCAGGAUGGGGUUGUGGGCAUUAAUCCUGGCCCUGAUUUUAAAUUCCCAAUUGCUGGUUUAAAUAAGGAUGUAAGACCGAUCAGCGAAAGAUAUAACGAAAAUGUAGUAGAAGGAUGGUACUGGGAUCUCAUUGAUGAGAUCGAAGCGGAAUACUUAGAUAGCUUUGACGUAUAG